AUGAAUCUCCAAAAACUGGCCACUAAUGAAGACUUAAGGAGGCCUGAUGGUAUAGCCGGUUACUUGUGGGGCCACGAACCACAAGGUGGACGUAGAAAAGAUACUUCAGGACUUCUUUUCUCCAUCAUCACUGUCAUCUUCUUCACCGCACUGACGGCUAAUGGGAUCAUGAUCUUUCUGAUCCGCACUGACACACGCCUGCACACUCCUAUGUACUUCCUGCUCAGCCACCUCUCCUUCAUUGACAUGAUGUACAUCUCCACCAUUGUGCCUAAGAUGCUGAUCGAUUAUAUGCUGGGCCAAAAGACCAUCUCCUUUGUGGGGUGCACAGCUCAACACUUCCUCUAUCUCACACUGGUGGGAGCAGAAUUCUUCCUUCUGGGCCUCAUGGCCUAUGACCGCUAUGUGGCCAUCUGUAACCCUCUGAGGUACCCUGUCCUCAUGAACCGCAGGGUCUGUUGGAUGAUCAUAGCAGGAUCUUGGUUUGGGGGCUCUUUGGAUGGCUUUCUGUUAACCCCCAUCACCAUGAGCUUUCCCUUCUGCAACUCCCGGGAGAUUAACCAUUUCUUCUGCGAGGCUCCGGCGGUGCUGAAGCUGGCAUGCGCCGACACGGCCCUGUAUGAGACAGUGAUGUAUGUGUGCUGUGUUCUCAUGCUGCUGAUCCCUUUCUCCGUGGUGAUUGCCUCUUACGCUCGCAUCCUGACCACGGUCCACCGCAUGAGCUCAGCGGAGGGGAGGAAAAAAGCAUUUGCCACUUGCUCCUCUCACAUGACCGUGGUGACCUUGUUCUAUGGGGCAGCCAUGUACACGUACAUGCUACCUCACUCCUACCACACACCAACUCAGGACAAAGUCCUCUCUGUUUUCUACACUAUCCUGACACCCAUGCUGAACCCUCUCAUCUACAGUUUGAGAAACAAAGAUGUGACUGGGGCUCUGAGGAGAACCCUGGGGAAGUUCAAGUCUUCAGAGAGAGUAUCAGGGGCUGCCUUCUGA